AUGCAAUACUUGACGAGUGGGUUUAUUAAGCUGCCUAUAGAACUAACAAAAUCAGGAGUUUACGCUCUAUCACAGCAUGAAUAAUCUUAAAUCAGAGAUAAAUUCUUUGUUUUGCAAGUAACUGAUGUACAUAGUGAGGGAUCCAAAAAAUCUGCAAAGAAAAAUCUCAAAAAGCAUUAUCAAGGAGUAACUAUAGAGGUUUCUGACGGUAUAGGGACCGCAUCAGCAGUAAUACAUAAGGAUAUAUUCGAUGAAAUGGUACUUAAUAAUUAAGUCCCUCAAAGACACAGUAUCAUAAUAUUCAGAGGUGAUAUCUUUAGAUAAAGAUGUGACGAUGGAAAGACAGGAUUUAUAUUUAAUGAAAUGCCAAGAUUAAUAAUUAAUGAAGUCUCAGAAAGAAUAAUUGGAGAGCCUGUCCCGCUUUACAAAGCUCUCUAAUAAAACAAAUAUGAUGAUAUUCAGAAUAAAUAUUCUCAAGAUUACUUUAAGAUUCCAUAUCAUUCAUAGUUUGUUGAGAGAUAUAUUACAAAAGUUAAUCCUCCAACUUCCAACAGAGAAUACACGCUUUAAUUGGUUGAUAGAAUUUCCGAUCUUAAACCUAAAGAUUACAAAAAUAAAUAGUUGUUUCCAAAAAUACCAGAUACCAAAAUUACAUUCAAGAUCCUAUCAUACACUUUCUAUCUUCAUAAAGCGAAGACAUUGAUGAGAAGAAUAUCUAGAAUGGGCUACAAUAUGGGAAAUUGUGCUGAUGACAAUACAGCUUAAUUUCACAUGCUUGUCAAGAAAAUUGUACCAGUGCCUAUUUCAUCUAACUAGACCUUAGUGAUUAACUCAUAUGAUUUCGAAAAGCAUUAUAUUAUCAGGGAUAAAAUGACGAACCUCUCUAGUGAUCAUUAAGACGUUUACUCAAUAAGAACUCUUUCCUAGAUAAGCAAUCUUAGCAGUUCUCUUAAAAACCUUAAAAUAUUACAUCACCCACAUUUAUUCAGUGGGGCGAUUCCAAAAGAGCAAAUUUAAGAGCUUAGGAAUAUUCUGUAAAAAGACUAAUUAGAGGAACUAAGUUUUGAUAUGAGGUUGGAUAAUCCUGAAUAUUCAAGUGUAUUCUAACUACUAAAGUAAUAAACUAGACUAAAAAAACUGAUUCUAAAUGCUUCUGUGAAACCAGAAAUUUUAGAUGUUCUUAAUAAGUAUAUUGGAAAGGAUAGUCACUUCAAGCAUCUCUCUGUAUAAUUUUAGGCUGGAGAUAGUAACUUUGAAGUGAAGUUUCACAAAUAUCUUAAAAACCUCAAAAGUCUAUAGCUGAUGAAUAUUGGAGAUAAGAACUUCACUGAGAGUAUGUUUGAUAUGGCUUGUAUAAAGAAAUUGAAAGAACUAUCUCUAAGUUUCAUAGCAGAACUAUCCUUACCUAGUUUCUCAGAAGCACUCUCUAAAUUCGUAUAGCUAUAAACUUUAAGUAUUUCGCAAAUCCCAUAUCAAAAGAUUAAACAGCAAGUUUUCCUAGAUUUUAUAUCAAAGGGAGCUAUCAAUCUCAGAAAUCUUACAUUAGAUAGCAUUAAUUUUACUGAUGAAUAAUUUAAACAUAUACUUGCAGCUAUUCAGUAAAGUAAAUCAAUCAGAAAUCUCAAAUUAGCUUCUAUACAUAUGGAUAACGAUGAUAAACUUGGCUUCUUAACAGGAUUCAUUGGUUGCAAUAAAACAACUUUACAUUCCAUAACCUUGACUGAGAAUUACCUCUAAAACCUAAGUAUACUAGAUUUAAUGCACUUCAACCAAAACUUAAAGGAAAUAUCGAUUUUCGCUUAGACUUAUUUUAGAAACAGCUCAACACUUAAUGAGGCUUAAUUUAUGGAGCUUAAGCCAAACAAAAAUGUUGAAAGAUUUGUAUUAGGUUUAGGGGUUAUUAAAACUAUCAAGCCAUUAUUGUUAGCUCUAAAUACUUUUACUAAUCUAAGAGAGUUGAAAAUUCAAAAUAUUGAAUUAAAUAAUCUGCACUUCAAAGUUAUAGAUAAUUAUCUCAUCUAAAAUCCUGAUUUGCAAAAGUUGACAUUAAUGGAUGUCAAAAUGGGUUAUGAUUAAUUCAUAAUCUUAGAGGGUACUAUCAGGAAUUCCAAAAAACUCAGGAAACUUAACUUAAGUUGUAACCAGCUGAGAAAUCAAGCAUGCACAGAGGUAGCAAAUAUAAUGAUGUCCAAUAAUAGUAUUCAGAGUCUUAAUUUGGACAAUAAUGAUAUUAGAGAGCCUGGAUUAGUUGCAAUUUUAAAGGUUCUAGAGUCAAAUAAGACUCUUGUGAAGCUAAGGAUGGAAAAUAAUAAAUUUUUAAUUAGCCGAUAAUUGCUUGGUGUAAUCGGAAACCUUUUUGUAUUCUAGAAUAGAACUUUGCAGUAUAUGAUACUAACAUAUCACGGUUAAGCAAUGCUGAAGAAAGAAUAAGACAAUGAAAAUUAGUUUGAUAAGGAUAUGAUAAAUAGAUUUACUCAAGAAAUGUAUUACAAAACUAAUCUCAAGCUCUUCACUAUUUGA